AGGAGAGCUCGAGCACUUGUUCAAGCGAAGCAAAGAUGGCCACUGCCAGAGCUGCAGCCGCCAUGGCGAUGUUCCUCUUGGUCGCGCUCUCCGCCUCCCACACGGCGUCCUCCCUCCGCCUCGGCGUGUGCCGCGCCAGCGGGUACCUCCCCGGCCGGUCCGGCAACUGCGAGAAGAGCAACGACCCGGACUGCUGCGAGGACGGCAAGAUGUACCCGCAGUACCGGUGCUCCCCGCCGGUGACGGCGAGCACCAAGGCCGUGCUGACGCUCAACAGCUUCGAGAAGGGCAAGGAUGGCGGCGGCCCGUCGGAGUGCGACAACGCCUACCACAGCGACGAGGAGAAGGUGGUGGCGCUCUCCACGGGGUGGUUCAGCAACAUGGCGCGCUGCGGCCACCGCAUCAAGAUCUCCGCGAACGGCAACUCCGUGUACGCCAAGGUGGUGGACGAGUGCGACUCCGUGCACGGCUGCGACGACGAGCACAACUUCGAGCCGCCUUGCGACAACAACAUCGUCGACGCCUCGCCGGCGGUCUGGGACGCCCUGGGGCUCGACCAGAGCGUCGGCAUGGUGGACAUCACCUGGUCUGAGGAGUGAGUCUGAGGUGAUUGUGUCGGCUCUUUCUGUUGGCACUUGACACAUGCUUUGAUUAGAGGAUACAGGUCAAUGGGCUCAUUGCCCUGCACUAGUGUAUUGUAUGACAUAUUAUUAUUGUAUAUGGAAUAAAUAGAGCAUAUGCAGC